CUGUGGUUGGAUUCAGUAUGGCAUCAGAAAAGACCACAAAAAAAGAUCUGCCAGAGGCUGAGGAACAGCAGCAGGCGAGUGCUGUCAAUCGGGUGAGCAGCUUGCCCUUGCUCAACUCUGCAUUCAGCCUGGUCUCAUCUGCUUAUAACUCUGCCAAGGAGACGCAUCCCUGCCUCAGUGGUGUCUGCAAUGUGGCUGAGACCGUGGCUGCUGUCGCAGUAGGUAGCAUGGUCGGUGGGGCACAGCCCAUCCUGAACCAACUUGAGCCACAAAUUGCACUUGUAAAUGAAUACGCCUGUAAAGGACUGGAUCAACUGGAGGAGAACUUGCCUUUUCUUCAACAGCCAGCAGAUAAGGUCAUCUCGGACACCAAGCAACUGGUUUCCACCAAAGUGACAUCUGCUAUGGAUGCUGCUUGUGAGGCAAAAGAAGUAAUGGCUGAUAAAGUGGCUGAAGCUGUGGACAUCACUAAAAAUGUUGUUGGGGACAGUGUCAAGCUGACUAGGUCAAUGGUCACCUCCACUGUUAACAGUGCUGUGGAGGCUGCCCAGGGUGCCAAGGACCUUGUGACUAACAAGGUGACUGAAGCAGUGGACCUCACUAAACACAUGGUGGAGGACAGUGUUGAACUGACCAAGUCUGCAGUUGUUUCUACCAUUGUCAAUGCUGUAGAGGCUGCCCAGGGUGCCAAGGACCUUGCGACUAACAAGGUGACUGAAGCAGUGGACCUCACUAAACACAUUGUGGAAGACAGCAUUGGACUGACCAAAUCUGCAGUUGCUUCUACUAUUGUCCUCACUAAACACAUUGUGGAGGACAGCAUUGGACUGACCAAGUCUGCAGUUGCUUCUACUAUUGGCAGUGCUGUAGAGGCUGCCCAGGGUGCCAAGGACCUUGCGACUAACAAGGUAACUGAAGCAGUGGACCUCACUAAACACAUGGUGGAGGACAGCGUUGGACUGACCAAGUCUGCAGUUGCUUCUACUAUUACUGCUGCUGUAGGGGCUGCCCAGGGUGCAAAGGACCUUGUGACCAACAAGGUGACUGAGGCAGUGGACCUUAGUAAACAUAUUGUGGAGGACAGUGUUGAACUGACCAAGUCUGCAGUUGCUUCUACUAUUACUGCUGCUGUAGGGGCUGCCCAGGGUGCAAAGGACCUUGUGACCAACAAGGUGACUGAGGCAGUGGACCUUAGUAAACAUAUUGUGGAGGACAGUGUUGAACUGACCAAGUCUGCAGUUGCUUCUACUAUUGUCAAUGCUGUAGAGGCCGCCCAGGGUGCCAAGGACCUUGUGGCCAACAAGGUGACAGAGGCAGUGGAUCUCACUAAACACAUUGUGGAGGACAGCGUUGAACUGACCAAGUCUGCAGUUGCUUCUACUAUUACUGCUGCUGUAGGGGCUGCAGUGAGCCAAGCAGUGGCAGGUGGUGUGGAAUCUGUCCUGGGUAUGUCAGAAGAUCUAGUGGAUCACUACCUCCCCAUGACGGAGGAGGAACUAGGUGAACUGGCCACUGCUGCGGAGGGAUUUGGUAUGGCUUCUGUGGAGGAGCAGAAACAGCAACAGAGUUACUUUGUGCGUCUGGGUUCCCUCUCUAACAAAGUCCGACGCCGAGCCUACCAGCACUCCCUCAGCAAACUGCAGCGCAUUAAGCAAAGCACCCAGGAUACUCUCUCACGACUACAGCUGGCAAUAAAACUGAUUGAAUCUGUGAAACAAGAGGUUGGCCAGAAGCUCUUGGAUGGGCAGGAGAAGCUCCAUAAGCUGUGGGUGGACUGGAGCCUGACCCAACCCAAAGGAAACCAAGUUAAAACUGCCUCCGAACAGGUAGAGUCACGGACUCUAGCUAUGCUGCGUAUCAUCACUCAGCAGCUACAACCUGUUUACGAGAAUCUGAAAGUCAGCAUCCAAGGCCUCCCCAGCGACAUCCAGGAAGCUGUGUAUCAGGCCACUCGAAACAUCCACAAGCUCCGCAGGUCUUUUUCCAAUGCUAUGUCUUUCCAGGACCUCUCCAGCAGCACCCUGACCCAGAGCCAGGGCUGGGUGGCAGAAGCCCGAAGGUCUCUAGAUGACCUGUUUGAGUACGUAACUCAGAACACCCCUCUCAACUGGCUUGUGGGUCCCUUCAGGGCCAUAGCUAAAGUAUCGCAGCAUAGCAGAAAGAAGAAGAAAGAUAUGGUGACUGAUGUAAAAUCACUUGUGUUGGAAAAGCCAACAUCAUCGAAGGAGGUGGCUAAGGCACCCAAAGAACCAAAGGGAGCAAACAGGCUCCCAGGGGAAGGGUGUGAAGUGCUGGAGGUGCUGGAAGAGAAGGCAGAGAAAGACACAGAGGUGGCGCUGGCUGCAAAGGAGAUAACUAAUGCACCAAAGGAAGAUGUCUGA